UAUGGCGGCCAAUUUGAAACUUCUCUCUUUAGCCGCUGGUUGAAUUAAAUAACAACUUCGUCGUUAAUUAAGAAAAAGCUAAUGUCUUCAAAGAGAAAACUUUACAAGCCGGCUCCUGCAGCCCAAACGCCACCUCAGGCUGCUAGGAGAUCAUUGCCCCAGGGUCAUUUGACCUCUACUGAUUCCAAACCACCUCUCACAGAUUUCAGUCCAAGUGUUAGUGAAGCUAUUCAGUCGCCGAGUCUAAGGAGAGGAAAAACUCCAGGAUCUCAUGCAAAAAGAUCUCUCGACUAUAAUUCAGCUAUGGCUUCAACAGAGAAACCAAGCUCUCCUUCCCGCUACGUAUCUCCUUCCAUUACUCAUUCUCCCGCCAAAGUUCAGCCAUCCGCAUCCUUGUCGCUCUCAGAACCUGAAGAUGAAGUCAGAAAAACAGAAGUAGAACCUUCUGCUCCUUCUUUAGAGUCGUCUGUUUUGGCGGUAGAUGCCACUAAUCGUCACGCCAGCCGUAUCGACAGCGAGGUCCCAAUCAAAGCAAGUUACAUAAAGUCUCCUGCCAAAGUUGUCUGCCAUUCGCCAAAGAGAAAAACUGCGAGUCACGUGAGAGGUAGUCCUCACCAUGGCAACGCGGGCAAGUUCGUCAUUCCAGUGGAAAGCGUUCCUUCUGUGAAUGUUUCAGCUAUUUUACCUCGUAAAAGUGAAUCCCAAUCAUCUUGUAGUCCACCCCUAAGUGAAGAUGGUUCUUUAAGCACGGUUGCCGGCAGCCCUGUUGAUCCUCGAAGCAAGGCCGUGGAAACAGUUGUUGUUCAAGAGAAGGGCAAUCCGAGAUCGUUUGUGAGUUUUCUUGACAGCGGCUCGUGUUCGGAUAUGUCGGAACCUACAAGGAAAGAUAUACAAAGUAUUUGUAACCAAUCAGAAGUUCGCGCUGGGCAACCUAACUUUGACGAAACGGGUGUGUCAAGUAUUGCUGGAAAUUCAAGACUAGACAGUGGUUUCGACGAAGUCGCACGGAAGAAAAAGAAAAAGACAAGAGUUGUUCAAUCCAAAUACAUGACCUCUGCGAUGUCGAGAAUUGGAGAUAAACCUGGCGGUGCGAAGCGAAGCGACGGUCAACCGUCACGAAAUGCACCAGUCACCAGAACUUCAGCGAAAUCCAAGAAGCCCAGGGCUGCUGGGAUAUUGGUGGCCGCGCCGAAAGAAACAGGGAACGAGUCUAUUGUGACGAAUGUGAAAAAACCUCUCCACACAUCAACCCCGGCUGAAGUGCCCCAUCAGUUUGUUCCCGAGGAUAGCAAAUCCAAUACUGCUCUAAAAACUGAGAGGUCUUCUCUACCUGCUCAUCUCACGCCUUCACACUUAACAACAAGUAAAGAAAAAGGGCGGAGUAAAGCAAGCAAAGAUGUAUCCAGCAAAGAGAUCAAAUCAGAACGGCCAACUCAGACUCGAUCUGGCAAGCAGACUGGUGUUGAAACCGGCCAACUUCAGCUCGACCUAAUGCAUGCCAGACUGUGUCAAUGGCGGUUUUUGCGACUAAAGCAAGAGAAAGCUUUUAAAGAACAAGAGAAGAAAGUUCAGCAAUGGUUUUAUUCCAUGUCAGAGAUGACUCGGAAGGAAAGAGAAAAGAAUCACGAGCUGCGAAUGAAUUUAAAUAAAAAACUAAAAGAAGAAGAAAUUGAUAAGCAACUCGAGUUGCAGUUGAAGGUCUUAAGAACACUGGAUGAACAAACUCGUCGCCUGUUUCCAAACUACGAGAAAUUCUACGAAGGCAUUGACACAACCAGACAUCACAUCUCUUUACAAGACAUUCUCAUACCACAAAAUGAGGACGAAAUGCUAGACGCUUUACAAGAGUUUGAAAGCAACGCCGAAGAAGUGGCCCAACUUCUUCAAAACAACGAGUCCAAAAUUCUGUCAUUUUCCGGUGAAAUGCAAACACUGGCCGAAAUCGUGCGAACGGAGGCUGAAGAACAGGAAAGAUGUACCGAGUUACUGGCCGCUGCGAAUUCACUUAUUACAACGGAACAAAGCCUCAAAGCUGAACUGAUUGAAAAUAGUGAACGAUAAGUAUAUACCAUAUCUAGCUAUAGUUCGUUACUUCCUAUAAAGCUCGCCUGUAUAUUAGCGUCUCGUUCAGUCUGUCCAUACUGCGCAGGCAAGCAGUUACCACUAUAUUUUUCGCCUUAAUUAAAGGUUUGGCACGUUUGACCUCGUCGGUCUAGAAAGAAUUUAAGCUGUGAGCUCCGAUAACUUAAGUAUAUUUUGAUAAAAUUAGCUCUAUAUAUAUCUAUCACGCGAUAGAUAUCUAUUGAUUAUAUGAUCCAGCUACUAUAGAUCAAAUUUUGAACAUGCAAGAAGACAACACUACAGAAAAAGAGCGGUUAAGAAUAUAGGUGGCUGUGAGAAGUUGUAAAAUGUGGAAAAUAUUUGCCUAAAAAGUUUGCGAAAGUGAACUUGUUUAACGCGAAUUAUAAGUAACCUAUUAUAUCUGCCAUUAUAAUAAGGUUAUUUUUCUGUGCGCAAUGUAUAAAUAUAGGCCUUAUACAUCUGCUACAACGUUACAACAUUUCUAAACUUUACAGUUUUAAUAAUUUUAAGAUGUUCUUUCAAUAGUUGUAGGGCUGAAUUUCAAUGUGUCUCAUUAAUUCUAAGAAACUCGCGUGCUUCGUUUUCUAACAAUUUAUUAUGUCAAUUAAUGGAUUUCCGGCUGAAAGUUAAUGUCUUUGUAAUCGUAACAUGCAGUUUCGCGUGUCGGGACCGCAUGAAGUUUGAGUUGAAAUAGAUUUUAUGAUAAGCUAAAAGCCACACAGCAUGGAAAAACAGCAACAUGUCCCUUUCUUUGCGACUAAGUAUAAACAUAUAUUGUAUGCUAUUUUCAUUCCUGGAGUUUGUUGUACGAAGGUUGGAUAUUUCUAUUCACUAUAGCCUAUAGGUAUAUUGAUACUUUUAACCUCUUUCAAGAUGCUUGAAAGGCAAUAACUACUGAAAUGCAUGCAGGCGAAAAAAAUAAAGAUAAACGUUGUCUCAUGUGGUGUUUAAUCAAGUUUUUGUGAAAUACGGACAAUUUUAGAAUACUUUAAAAAGCCACUAUCCGCUAGAUAGUGCGCUAUCCAACUUUCGUUGACGCCUGCCAUGGCUAGUGGGGGGGGACAGGGGGGUCAACAUCUCCCGCCUCCCGUACCUCCUCUUCUGCCUCCCGUACCUUUUUGCGAAUUGUCUCCCGCCUCCCGCCCAUUUUCUAUUAACUUGGCUAUGUUGCUAUAUUAAGCUGUCCUAUGUAAUUUUGCUCAUGACUGGCAUCAUAGACAAUCCAAAAGACAGGGACUGGAAACGCUAUUGUUUUUUCACGCGUAGUCCGUGAUGCGGACAGCAGCGACAUCAAUGGCGACUCAAUUCUAAAGUCAAAAACAUUACGCAAGCAUUCAAACGAAGUUUUUCGCCUCUGUUUGACCCAAUAUAGGUUUAAAAACCGGAGUAAUAGAGUGCAUCCACAUAGAUAAUAAUAGAUAAUAGAGUGCAUCCAAAUAGAUAUUAGAUUGCAUCCACAUAAAUAAGUGCAUCCACAGAUUUAUAUUUGUUAAAAAGAUAUAAAUUACAAAACCUGAAGUGUAUUAAAACUAUAGUUACAGGGUUCGAAAUGAGUGCAAACUUUGACAAAAACAAUGGCGACUCAGUUUUUACAGUCAAAAAUAUUACGCAAGCAUUGAAAGAGGUUUUUUGGCUCUGUUUGACCCAAUAUAGGUUUAAAAAUCGGUUAAGUGCAUCCACAUGUUUAUUUUGGUUAAAAAGAUGUA